UUUAAAUAUGAUUCCUAAUCAUAGACUAUUUAUCGCAUUCUAGAUAUGUUACAAAUUGUAUUAUUAAAAAAUAAGCUGCUGUUUCUAAUAUUUAUUAGUUUUUGUACAAUAUUCCAUACUUGUAACACAUUCGUUUUAUCUCCAACCAGAUUCUCAAUAUCCCAUAAAAAUAUAUAUAGGUGCCCACUUCGUAUAUACACAAGACUUUACUCUGUUAAAGAAGAUUCUUCACAUGAAAAUAAUGAAAACAAUGAUAACAUUGACGAUGAAUUGUCGAAAUUGCUCCAUUCACCCAUCCCGGACGAUAAUGAUUUAGAAGGAUAUGAUUUUAGUCAGGUUCAAUCAACGGAUGUAGAAUCUAAUUCUGAAACACCAACGGAUAUAUCUCUUUCAAACUUCGAUAAAUUCCACUUUGACCCUGAAAUAUAUAAAUCCAUGAUAGAAAGCUAUAAAGUGUAUAAAGGGCCAUCAUAUUCACUUACGGAAUACAAUCAACCGCUUCCUGAAGGAUGUAGAACUAUUGUUGACUUUUUAAAAUACCCUAGAAACUAUAACUUCGCAAGAUCAACUGACAUUUCUCUUAAUAUGGAGGAUAUGUCUAGUGCUAAAAUUGAUGCAAUCUCGCCAGAACUUGGUGAAGCAGAACUCGAAAAUAGAAUGGAAGGGCCAUAUCUUGAAUCAGGAUAUCAAACAAUAGGUGACGUAGCUCAAUCAACUUCAACAAACUACUUUACUCGUGAGGAAGAUGAAGAGCCCGUUCAACCAGAGAAAAUGCUUAGUAUUUUGGAACAAAAGGAUAUAAAAUCAAUUAAGGAAUAUAAAAGAAACAGGGGUUCAGAAAGUGAAUCGUCUGAUGUUUCAUACAAGAGUGCAGAAAAAGAUGAGAAUGUAGUAAAAGAUGAACUUCCUGUAUCUAAAAUUAAUCCGAAUUAUUUUAUGUUUGACCCUUACGGAUAUCUUAAGCACUACCUAACAUAUAUCAACAAGUACAACUACGAUGUUUUCAGUUAUCAUAACAAAAAUGAUGAAAGGCCUAGCUUUUAUCUAAAUCAUGAAUACGUUAAUGUAAUUGAAAAGCCGUUUCCUCCGGAUAGCAAUAACACGCUAAAUGUGAGAAAACAUUUUUUAAGUUUGAUUCCUACUCUGAUGGAUAAAUUGGUGGAAUAUAUUAAAAACGACCCUAACAAGGAUAGAACUCCCUCGCCACCAAUGCACGACCUGACGUUAUUGCAGAACUACAAGAAACCGGAGUAUUUGGAAGAUGAUUACGAGUCUGAUGGAGAGGUGGACUAUGAAAUGUACGCCAGUAUUAAAACGCUUCAUGAUCCCCGAAAUGAAGUAAUAUAUCCGUUUUACGACUUUGAACCCAUUUUAAAAAGGCGACUUCUGUCAACGUACCUUGAAAUUUACAACACGCAGGAUUUGGGUCCGCUGAAAUACCAUAAAGUGUACAGAUCAAGAAGCAAACAGCUUAAGACUAAUGCGUUCCCUACACACACAAGGCCACCAAAAGGAGAUUCUGAUAUAAAUUUAGAAGAAAAACCUAUUAAUAGUGGAGUAUUCGUUGAAAGAAGGAUUAAACUGUAUGAGCAAGGAAAGAGGAAGAGGGGAAAGGCUAUGGUGUAUCUGGAACCUGGUAACGGAAACAUAAUCAUUAAUAAUAGAGAUGGAUACCAAUAUGUGUACUAUAACGAGUUUAGACUUCGGGAAAUACUUGAACCGUUAUCUAAACUAGAAAUUAAUACGAACUUCAACAUUGUUGCAAAGACUAAAGGUGGAGGAAUAUCCGGUCAAAGUGUGGCAAUUAGGCACGCACUCGUUCGAUACCUAUAUAGAAUCUUAUCACCAAAGCUUAAGUAUAUACUUAGGAAAUUCGAUCUAGUUAGUAUUGAUAGAAGAAGGACUGAAAGGAAGAAGACUAAUUUGAGAAAAGCAAGAAAGAAGGAAAAAUACAGUAAAAGAUGAAUUAUAAUAUCUUCCCACAUA